AGACAGAAUCUGAGAGCAUGGACUGGCAGGGUUUCCUCUGGCUUUUGGUGUUGUUCGCAUUAUGCUUAACUGGUGCAGAUGCAGCAGAACCUCAAGCUGAGUCAACCACAGACUUUUCUCUAUCCCCUGCAAUGGGGGUGAUGGAGGGCGAACGGCAAAUCAUGACAGAGUCUCAGUAUAAAUGUCUGGAGCUGCUAAGCAGAGACAUGACACGUAAUAAAAGUGUUUCCCAUUGUAGCAGGUUCUGGGACGGCUGGCUGUGCUGGGAUGAAACUUUCGCUGGGACUUUUGCUUCACAGAGCUGUCCAGACUACCCCUCAUUUGACACCUCAGCAAAAAUAACAAAAUUUUGUGAAGAAUCUGGUAACUGGGCCCAGAGCUCAUCUUUCAAUAAUACUUGGUCUCAGUGUCUUGGGCUCUCCAAGGACACAUUAAAGAAGGAGGAACUGGAUGCAGAAACAGAUUCCACGGUAGAGACACUGGUCAGUCCUGUGGCAACUCAAAAAACUGAAGAAAGAAAAAAAAUCAUUGAUGGUCAAUAUAAAUGCUUUGAGAAGAUGAACAGAGAUCCACCCUAUAACAAUUCAGGUCUGUACUGUAACCGGACAUGGGACGGCUGGCUAUGUUGGGAUGACACACCUGCAGGAACAUACACAUCUCAAAAUUGCCCCAAUUACUUCCGUGACUUUGAUCCUACAGAAAAGGCCAUAAAAUAUUGUGAUGAGACUGGAAACUGGUUUCGGCAUCCAGAAACAAACAGGACGUGGUCCAACUACACACUCUGCAUUGCCUACACUAAGGACAAGCUAAGGAUGGCGUACAUACUGUAUUACAUGGCACUUGUGGGGCACGCUUUGUCCAUUGCAUCUCUUCUCAUCUCACUGGCCAUAUUUUUUUAUUUCAGGAGUUUAAGCUGCCAAAGAAUUACGUUGCACAAGAACCUUUUCUGCUCAUAUGUGCUCAACUCAGCCUUCACUAUUAUUAACCUCAUAUUUGUGGUCAACAAUCCUAAAGUGGUGGAGAGGAUUCCGGUUGGCUGCAAGGUGCUGCACUUCUUCCACAUGUACAUGCUAGGUUGUAACUACUUCUGGAUGCUAUGUGAAGGGAUCUAUUUGCACACUCUUAUUGUGGUAGCAGUGUUUGCCGAGGAGCAGCAUCUUCACUGGUAUUAUCUCUUGGGCUGGGGAUUUCCCUUGGUUCCAGCCUCUAUACAUGCUGUGGCAAGAAAAAAAUACUUUGAUGACAGUUGCUGGAUGAGUGUGGAGACCCAUCUGCUGUAUGUGGUUCAUGGGCCCAUCAUGGCAGCUUUAUUAGUGAACUUGUUUUUUCUGCUGAACAUUGUUCGGGUUUUGGUGAUGAAGCUAAAGGACACCCACCGUGCAGAGUCCAACAUGUAUAUGAAAGCAGUGCGAGCCACUCUAAUUCUUGUGCCAUUAUUAGGCAUCCAGUUUGUCAUAUUUCCCUGGAGGCCAGAGAACCGUUUAGCUGGGGAAGUAUAUGACUAUGUCAUGCACAUAUUACUGCAUUACCAGGGCUUGUUGGUGUCAACAAUAUUCUGCUUUUUCAAUGGAGAGGUUCAGGCUACUCUGAAGAGGCAGUGGAUGCAGUACAAGGUUCAGUGGGGUCAGCGACGGCGUGAGCACUGGUCCAUGCGCUCCACCUCAUACACCACCACCUCCAUCACAGAGGUGCCUGCCUUUAUGUUUCACCAUGACUGCAACAGUGAGCAUUUAAAUGGCAGGCAUGCUGAUGAUUCAGCAUGAGCUUGUAUCUUCAAGGUCAGAGAGACGUACGCCUAAAGCACAAACUA